UCCUCCAGGCUUCCCAUAAUCUGUCAGAUUAAACCUGUAUGAGACGCGCCGCCCUCUUCCUGUUCCCACUAUUAUCAUCUUCUCUUUCAUUUAUUGAAAUCCUCAAAACAACGCCGAUGUUUUCUUUCGCCUUCGCUGAGAUGCCAGCCGCCCUGCCUGAGCGCUGUCCGCGGUGCUGAAACUCCCCGCGACCUUCCACCUGGCUGCCGCGGAGAGUGGCACAUAUUUCUGCGUCUCCAUCUGAUGUUUGACGCAAAAUCGAGCCCGCUGGAUACAUGCAGAGGCGACGAGGGUCCAACUACUUGUUAGCUUCCCCGGGCUGCAGGAUUAUGCUGUCUCUGCUGCGCGACGCGAUUGAGAAGUGUCGUUUCAUAUUCAUUCAGCGUAUUUGAAAUCGCAGUUGCAUACCUGCUGACCUACUUUGGGCAAGUUGGAAGUAAAACCGACGCAAGAAGAGGAAGCAGUGCAUGCUCUGGUUGUAAGAGAUGGAGAUGGAGAUGAUGUAGGAACAGUGGUGACCCUGUGGGGAAAGUUCCAGUGAAACGCAAGAGAGUUAGAGGAGGGAAGAGGAGAAGGCGUGCUGAAGAGCCAGAGGUGUGUGUUCGUGCGUCCGUGAGUGUUGCGGAGACGGAGAAGGUUAUGACCGCGUCUCUUCACCUCCACCUCGGGCUGCUGCUGUUGCUGGCCUGCUGGCAAACACCGGGGAUGGUCGGAGCAACUGUGCCAGCAGCCCCGGUGAAUAUAUCGGUGACCCAGCUGAGGGCGCACUCGGCCAUGGUGACCUGGAACGUCCCUCAGGGAGACACAGUCAUUGGAUACUCCAUCUCACAGCAGAGGCAGGACGGUCUGAUGCAGCGCUCCAUUCGAGAGGUGAACACGUCCAGCCGCUGGUGUGUGCUGUGGGACCUGGACGAGGACACACACUACAGCGUCCAGGUGCAGUCUGUUGGGCCACAUGGUGACAGCCAGCCUAGCCGUGCCAUCCACUUCAGGACUCUGGAGAGGAGUGACCAUUAUCCAGCCGGAGUACUGGACCACCAUGAACCGGCGAUGGAGGGCUUGGGCAUGACUCCUCACUUACAGACAGGAGAGCUGCUCAUUAUCACCACUGUGCUGCUUCUGUGGGCAGCUGUCAUCGCCCUCUUCUGCCGGCAGUAUGACAUCAUCAAGGACAACGACUCCAACAGCAGCAAAGACAAAAGCAAGAGGCCGCUGGUCCGAGCCACUCCCCCCUACUACAACGCUUCAGCCGGCAGCUCCCCCAUCUACCACAAUGGAGCCAUGCACAGCAGCAGGCUCCACAGAGCCUCCUCCUCCAUCAGCAUCAUUAGGGUCUGAGUUUGGACGUUUGGUUGUGAGACUCAACUUACUGUGCAGAGCAGGACGGCUGGAGUCAGUGGUGACGCCCGAGGAACUUCAGUGGGAUUAUCACCAAAAGUGGAGAAUUUAUAGACCUGACUGAGAGUCUGAUUUAUUGUAAAAUAUGGAGAAAGCAAGUAGCACUCCAUGCAAUUGAAACUGUGGAGGAAAUGGAUGACUACUGCUCUCUAGUGGCAGACGACUGCAGCAUUAAGACAUACUACACCACUGCAGCUUUUUUUUAGAGCUUUUCCCAAGAGCAGUUCAGUGGAAGAGGACACAUUCUGACCUGCAGCCAAACUCAUUUCCUGCUGUACAAAAAAUGCUUUAUUUCUAUUACGUCGUCUCUCUGAUUUCAAAAACUGAUUGUAAAUAUUUGCCAGCAUGUCGGCCUCAAAUUAAUUCAAAAAAAGGUCUGUGUCAAGUCUGAGACAACUUGUUGUUGAAGAUAUGAAUGCAAGAGUGUGUGUGUGUGUGUGUGUGUGUGUGUGUGUGUGUGUGUGUGUGUGUGUGUGUGUGUGUGUGUGUGUGUUUACAUGUGCAAUUUCUACAUAUAACUUCCCCUCAUCUGUAUUUUUCAUCUCCUAAUCAGUAAUUUGAUGUACAGUAACAUCAGAAAUAGUGUAUUAUAUGCACAGUAAUUAGAAUAUGUACAUAGGUCAAAGUAAGUCGUAAGUAUAGUAGGUUUUGAUAAAAUCAAGUCAUAAUUUUGCCAUUUAAUUAAUGUGAUCAGAUAUGUUUCUAUGUGUACUCUAUAUUGUUAUCACAAGUCUUAAAAAUAUGACUAAUGAUCAUGGAGCUCAUCAAAUGAAGUUGUUUAGAAACAUUAUUCACCUAUUAGCAUAGUUCCCAGAAUGCAACACCUGCAAAUCAAGCCUAUAUAUAUUAUAUAGAUAUUUCAAUAUUGGUUGAACUUGUAAAUUACAUAAAAUACAGAUGUAAAUGUAUAAUUAGAAUCACAUCCAGAUGCAAUGAGGCAACAUGUAUUAAGGUUAAACAAAAAUUGAGGCUACAACACAAAGAUCCAUCUCCCAUUCUUUAUAUGCCACAUGUCUACGUAGUGGAUCUUAUCCCGUUUAACAAUGUUGCUGCAAGAUCUCUGGCCACAAAAAUCCAAGUUGUAAAAAAGUAUGAAAAACUGGAAUUAUCCUUUACAUUAUGGCCAGAAAGAGACGUAGAAGCAUCUAAACAAGCAUAUCUCCUACUCUGCUGCUUGACUUCUUUCAACAUACAGUUAUUAUACACAUGAGGAAAUCCUAAAACUGCAACAAUCAGUGCUUCUUGAAUGAGACGUCAUGUUCGCCCCCCUCAACCCCAGUAGACUUGCAAAGAUCAGCCAUGUUUGAUUUGCAACAGGAAGCGAAUGCAUCUUGCCCCCUUUUUUUGUAAAUGAAUGGGAUGUAGAAGAAAUCUUGGCCUGAAGAUGGAGCAGUUUGCUCACACAAUGAUAGGACUUCUGGGUCAUGGUGAGGAUAUUGUCACUGACAGCUCUUUCUUGAAUGUACAAUGAAACCAGGGAAUCUGGAAAUGAAAAUAUAUUAUCUCAUCUCUAAUGUCAUAAUCAAACUCCAAAGACGUCAAGAGUUUUUCCCCAUUAUUAUGUCAGUGGUGAGAAAAAUAUCUGUUUUUAAAUGUCAUUUGUUUUAUUAUCCGUGUUGCUCCAUAUUACAUGGCGGUAACUUGAAUAUUAAGUUUGUGAAUCAAGUGUCUGAUUAGAAAUGUCUGACUCUGUAUUCUCCAGUUUCAAUAAAAACAAAUGAAAGAAA